CGGGCGGGCGCGGCGCGGGGCGGGGUGGGGGCCAGGCCGGGCAGGGUUGAGGAGGAGGAGGACUGUAUUCCUGCGCCUGUGCGCGCCCGGCGGAGGCCGGGUGAGCGAGCAGAGAUCGGAUGGCGAGCGGCCGCGGCGGCGGCGCGGAGGCCGGCAUGCAGGGGAGCGCUCGGUGCCGCUGCGGCGCGGCGGGGCCAGCGGCCUGCUAGGGGGGGCUCGGCGGCCGUCCUUCGCCGCUGCCCGGCCCUCCUCCCCACCUCCCCACCCGCCUGGCAGCAUGAAGUGGCAGCGGAGACACUGCUCCUCGCCGCCGCCCCGCCGGUGAGAGCGCGGAGCGAGGGAAGAUGGGGGCCGUCCUGCGCAGCCUGCUUGCCUGCAGUUUUUGUUCCCUGAUGCGAGCUGCUCCGCUGUUGCUGUAUGCAAACCGCCGUGACCUGAGGCUGGUGGAUGCUGCCAGUGGGAAGGAGAAUGCCACAGUAAUCGUGGGUGGCCUGGAGGAUGCAGCGGCAGUGGACUUUGUGUUCGUAAAGGGGUUGAUAUACUGGAGUGACGUGAGUGAAGAAGCCAUUAAACGAACAGAAUUCAAUAAAUCUGGGAGUGUACAAAACGUGGUCGUUUCUGGACUUUUGUCACCUGAUGGGCUGGCAUGUGACUGGCUGGGAGAGAAAUUAUAUUGGACAGAUUCUGAAACAAAUCGGAUUGAAGUUUCUAAUUUAGAUGGGUCAUUGAGAAAAGUUUUAUUUUGGCAAGAACUGGAUCAACCCAGAGCAAUUGCCUUAGAUCCUGCAAGAGGAACCACAAAAGUGGGCAAAAUGCAUCAGCAGAAGUAAACUGAGUGAUCCCACAGAUGAGCUCCUGUCACUGCAAGAAGAAACACACCAUUCAGUGGGACUGAUGUUUUAAUGGUUAUAGUGUAUGUAUUCAGUUAUAAAGUUGUCUUUCCAAAUCCGCAGGAAUUUUCAAGGUGGUUGUGACUAGGCUGAAAGUACUGUACUGGAAUACUUGUUCAUAAAUACAGGCUUGGACUUCUUUAUUUUGUAGGAAUUUUCUUCUUUUUCAUUAAAGCACUCCAAUAAAAUACUUCAGCCUGUGGUUUCUGGAGUGACUGUGGGAAUAAUACAUACAACAACACGUUGCACAGAACUGCUUGACUGAUCAUUUCCAGCUACAUGGAACUGAUUGAACAACUCACAAAAGAGAUGGUCAGAUCUGCUCAGUAUAGGCUAUUGGAUGUCUUUUCACAGUGCUGCUUCCCCCAUAGGCCCAGGUUGAAGCCAGGGUGGUUUGGAGAUGGUGACUUAAUGGCCAAGUGGGACUCCUUUCUUCCAGGUCUUGUAUGUUCUGAGAUUCUUAGCCUUUUAUUGGAGAUGGCAGAAACAACUUCAAUCAAGCAGAUGAUAUUUUGGUUUUGUCCCCUGAUAGUGCUGCGAAAAUUCCCCAGGCACUGUAACUGAGUGAAUAGUGCUAGAGCACCUGGAGUCUGUGAGGGUAUGGCAGUGCUGCAAGCUCUCAUGUUCCUUAACUGUGGGUGUACUCUGAACCAGGCCAUAGUAAGAGCUGUGUGGUGAGAGACAUUUGUUCUACAGAAAAUGAGGCUGUAGAGCAGAAAUGUGGUUGUUGUGAAGUAUGUGUGGCUCUGUUUAUAAGGAAAAUAUUUAUUCUGUGUUUAAACAUAUAGAUGAUAUUAUACAAAUCACAGAACCUAAAGUGGAUCAUCACUCAGGUGAUGGUUUGCCUUCUGUAAGAGCAUGAGCGACGAGUUCUCAACUUAAGAAAGGUCUAAGUGUAGCCUUGGGAGUAGUGGAAACAGGGAGUGGGGAAGCCUCGCACCUGGAUAAUUUAGUUGAGGAUAGGUGGUAUUAAAUUUGAAGUUAGAAGCUGUCAAACAUCUUGCAGAGAUCUCAAAAAGGAAGGAAAGGUUACUUUAUAUUAGCCUUUGUGUAAUGAAAGCAUGACACCUGUGCUUAAAAGCAAAUCAGAUCAUGAUAUAAACAGGAAUCCAGACUUACAGUUGUCAUUCUUAAAGCAUUAACAGAUUUUCUUUUACAUGAAUAAGAUCAGCAUGUAGAAUAACUUUUUGUAUGAGAGAUGGGUGAUGGAAGAUUUUGUUUCUGAUUCUUCCUUGAUUUUUUUUUGAGAAAAUCAGUAUUCCCACCAUAAGUUCCUUCUUUAGUGUUGUAUCUUGAUAAAAACCAAUUUAUUUUUCUAAACAUUUGCAGUUAUUUAGAUGAUUUGCGAGCACAGCAUUGUUCUCUUUGCUUCCUUCCCUCUUCUGCCACUCUUGCAGAUGCCUGCUGAAAAAAGGCAUGGAAAUUGAGUGGCUGAGGCCAAUGCUAUGCCAGCCUCCUGUGACUGUGUUAUAACGCAUGAAACAGCAGCUGUGCUGUUUCAUGUUCAUUGUGAAAAAGUGUUCAAAGUGUUGCUUAUCAAACAAUUUGGAUGAACUGGGAAGUGAAAAAGCAAAAAUGGGUUACAAGACCUGGAAUAAGUAUAAACCCCUUUGGAAACACUUUGUGGGGAUUGAGACAGAUUUAAAAUGUUUGUGAAACAAGCACUCUUUUUCCAUUGCUGCACCCCCAAAUAUAAAAACGUGAUGCUGAAGUGCCACUGUACUGUUUAUAAGGAAGCAGAGGUGGCGAUCUGUGUUCCUAGUCUGAGAACAUGAAGUGAAGUAAGAGCUGAAGCUUUUAUUAAGUGACUUUCAGUUUGUCAAAGUUGGUAUUGGCCAUUUGUUAUUGUUGGAAAAUGCUGAUUCAUCAAAAUUGAAAUGUGCAGUGGCACAUUUGUUUUGAGCAACUUGUUCUGGCAACUUUUCAUUAAGUCCUUAUCCUGAUUGGCAUCAUUGGAGCCUUGAGUUUCCAACUCUUGCGGUCAUAUCACACUAGCUAGGUGGAAGUCAGUGAAACAGGGAUUUUCAGCUGUGGUAGCAUUGUGUCCUCUUUUUUACUGAUUUCCAAGUAUAUCUUUCCCUUUCAAGUAUUGCUAUACUUCAGUGAUGUCUUGUAAACUUUGUGUUUGUUUCAUAGAUUACAGCAAGACUUAGGUGAAAGCUACAUGCUUUCUGCAGAAAAGGAACAGUAUUGCCUAUUCAAAAUACUUGGUUCUCAUUCUUUGUCAGCAACGCUUCAUGCACCCUCUAUGGUCUGUAGUACAUUAGGCACUGCCUACAGAGAAGAUAGGAGUAAUGUUUCCCUGGGUCUCCAGAAUUUUAAUACCCAUUUUGCAGAUUUGAGAAGGGGAGGAUAAAAUCAGGACAAGGGGAGGGUGUAAUGGGUACAUGUAUAUACAUAGGUCCCUCAGAAAGUAGUGCCUUCUAUGUAUUUCCAUGGAAACUGCAACAGAUACAAAGAGCACAAUAACUCUAUUUGAUAGAGCAAACUCUCAGCUACAAAACACUACUUUCAACAUAGUUGCCACCUAGCUAUGUAUUUACACCAGUGAUGAACAAGAACCUCCAUGCUGUGUUUGAUUUCAAAAAAAUAAAAAUAAAAAAAAUCUGCGUCAGUGGAGGUAACACAGUGUUUCACACUGUUUCCUACCCAAUGCCUCACUGUGCUAACACUUAACUGUUUGCUCUCUGUAGUUGAGAUCAAUCAACUAGUGUUGAUGAAUAACAAUGGGUGCCAUUUUUUUCACAUGGAGGAAUUCAUUCACACACCUUUGCUUCAUACAAAGUUCCAUGUCGGAUGCCAUUUUGCCAGACUACCCCUCUGCUGCCAUCUGUCACGUGGCAACAAAAUGUAACAGACCGUUGGUGGGAAGGUUCAGCCCCUACUUCCAUACUACCAACAUCUGCCUCUGACUUGGGCCAACAUAAUAAAGCAGUGUCAUGAUUUUCAACUGUAAACAGUUGACAUUUUUUUGAUGGAGAAUGCGGGCAAAGAGUCUGCUUUUUAGCUUUUGGAACAAAUCUCUCUCUGCUCUCAGAGAGCUUAGUUAUCAAUACUGCAGGUGCUGUAACUGUAAACAUGACCUUGAAAAGUCCAGGCAGACUGCCAAUACUCUGGGAUCUUUUGUAAACUUUUUUUGGGUGUUGCUAGCUUCUUUUUGUAAAGAUUAAAAAAAAAAAGAUUCUGAUUUCUCUUUUAAAACUACCCUUUAAGGGAGUGCAUUCCAUCAUUCUUACUUUUUUAAUGCUCAGAAUGUACUGGGCCUUUAUUAAGGUUGCUACGCUGCUCUAUGGAGCUUUUUGUAUAUGUAAGCAACUGAAAACAUUGACGGAAAUGCCUUGGUAUCUGUAUACAUUCUAUACAAUGUGGCAUACAGCUCCAGAGGAAGCUGCUAAUUUUACAGAACUUGUGAUUUUUAAACCAUCUCCCAGUCUCCCCCUUGAAUCCUUGACACGUUUUUUGAAUGCUCAUUCGACCAUGUUAUCAAUCUCCCUGAAUGUAAUACUCAGUAUCUAUAUUUGGAGGAAGCCUUCUCCGAAGCCAGAGGAUAAUGAGUGGCAGGGAGUGUGGAGAGACUUGGGAGAGACUUUAAAGAGAUGGGCAUCUCCAGGGUCAUGGAACUUUCCUCCUGAAUACCUGGAAGAUCCUGAGAGUCUAAGCAGAUAUUUGAGACGUGGAUGUGGUAGCUCUGGCAAAUCUGAGGAGGCACAAAUUAUUUGGGGCUUAGCUCAUGCUUACAGGGCCUUAUUCAAUACUAUCCCAGAGAGGGAGAGACAGUUUGAAAUUGAGAGAGAGGGUCUCCAAACCAAAAUAGAUUGUUUCCAAGCUGAGAGAGAGAGAGUUUCCAAAUUGAAGGAGAGUGUUUCCAAGCUGAAAGGAAGAGUUUCCAACAGAAAGUGCUGAAUGAGCAAGAGAGUCUCCAAGCUGACAUGCAGAGUUUCCCGGAGUGGGUCCGAGCUGAGAGAAAUAAUCUCCGAUCUCAGCAAAACACCUUCCAAUUCGAGCAAGAUACCCCCCAAAAUGAGCAGGACACUUUACAGUCCAAGCUUAACAGCCUCCAAACUGAACGAGACAGUCUCCAAUCCAAGCUCGACUGUCUUCAAUCCGAACAAGACACUCUGCUAUCUGAAUGGGACACCCUCCGAAAUGAGCGAGACACCCUCCAAUCCAACUUUCAUGCCAUCCGAUCUGAACGUAACACCCUCCUAACAGAAAAGCUGGUCCGAGCCGAGCUUCAGAGACAGAGCAUGGAAAAUGUCCAGCUUGAUCAACGACAGGGGGCACCACAACUGAUGUCUGUUGCCCCUGUAAGAAGACAGAAGGUGAAACGGAUGUCGCUUCCUUCAGAAGAGAAAAAAAGAGGAGGAAAUAAAGUAGCGGAGGGAGAUACUGUAAGAGACGGGGAGGAAGUAGGUCCGCCAGAGUGGUACCAAAAACUACUGCAUCCAGAAGGAGGACUUAGAUCCCCAGCAAGAUCCUGGUCACCAACACCCAGAAGGGCAAUGACAACUGAAAGAGUAGGAGGUGAGAGAGAGAUCAAAAUGUUUAUUACUCGACCUCUGAAAAUGGCUGAACUUCGAGUCUUGAGAAAAGACUUUUCACGGCACCCAGGUGAACGCAUUGUCACCUGGUAACUUCGAUGCUGGGAUAAUGGGGCCAACAGUGAACUGCUGGACAGUACAGAAGCCCGCCAACUGGGAAGUAUUGCCAGAGACUCAGCGAUUGACAGAGGUAUCAGUAGAUGCCAGGAUGGGUCCUUCACCCUUUGGAAGCAGAUGCUAUUAGCUGUGAAGGAAGAAUACCCCUUCAAAAAUGAUCUGAUGCCUGAGGCAAAGAAAUGGACUACUGUGGAAAAAGGCAUCCAAUAUUUGAGAGAAUGCGCUGUGGUGGAAAUGUUACAUGACCCUGCGUUCCAUUCCUGAUGAUUCAAACCAGGAGCAUGAUCCUGAGAGAAUCAGGUGUACACCAGACAUGUGGCGUACAUUCACAAGAACUGCACCAGAAAAGUACGCCGGUACAUUAGCAGCCAUGUAUGGCAGAGGGGAAAGAAGACCCCCUAUGGGUGAGCUGAUUUCCAGGCUCCAUGACUUUGAGCUACAUUUACCCCCUCUGCAAGUUUAUGCUUCAGCCAUUGUAAAGGUAACUGAAAGACUGGAUAGACUUGAGAGUGAUCACGAUGAUAUAAUAGAGGAACUGACUACUUUGCCUCAUGACGAAAAACCUGAUGACAAUCAGGAUUAUCAAGACACCCUACGGGAGGGGCUGAGCAAUUUGUUUUCCUCCCAACUUGCAUCAUCCAACAUCUCAGCUAUUAGAA